AUGGAUAGCUCAAAAACAAGCCUGCCAGAGCCCUCUACCAAUAAAGCCGAGUCGGAAGGAAGUCGGCUUCUUCCUAGUCUGAAGGACACCGUAGGAUCGGCCUACAGCGCACAACGACCGCUACAACCCCAGCCAGACCCUUCUCACCCAGUUCCUGAGCUCUUCAUCCCCGGUGUCUCGGUCCUCUACCUUGACGACCUGCCUAUUCGAACAUACACCGUCGGUGGUUUCCGGUACAACAUGGCACAACCAAAAAAUGAGACCAAGAGCGAGUUCUCUCGCAAGACCGUAGAUGGUAGACAAAUCACAUAUGCGCUGGAAGUGGUGCAGCAGCCCGAGAAAGCCAGAGCUUGCGGCUCAGGCGUUAAAUCGACGCAGGACCGCCGACCUGUCGACCCACCACCAGUUGUCCGAUUGAGAGUGUUCAGUGGCAACGUGGACAUCACUUCCGUCUACGAUGCGACGUUCAUGCUUUAUGCGAGCUUGGAAGUUGCUUGA